AUGAGAGCGAUGAUUCAGAACAUCCCUCAGAAAUCGAAUACUACUCCUGAAGAUGGCUCUGCCUUACUACGGGGCUUCCGUUUCAUGCUGCCAGGAGCCACCGAGAAUUGCGAUUUGGUCUCAGUACAGCAUUCUCGGCGUCGUAUCGUUGAGUGCGAGGAAAGUGCGACCUCUUCGAGGCGUCACGCUCAAGCUUGCCGCUCCGACAAUGAUCUAGUCGACUGUUCAUCAUCAGCAAAUAUGCAUCUCUCUACUAUCAGCAUCGCCGUCGCCGCCGUCAUAGUUGGUACCGCCCUCGGCCUCCCUCAGGGAUGCCUCAGCUCCGUCACUGUCAAUGGCACAAGCGUCUGCAGCAUGCCCAAGUCCAUCAGCCCCAUCAUCGGCAAGGUCAACGCCAAUGCCUCAGAGACUACCACAGCUACAUACUACACACCGUCCCACGAAGAAGUGUUGUCGGCUCUGGGCCACACCUCCCCAACUUCAUCUGACGAUCAGGUCAUCCCCAAGAUGACACCAUCACCCGAAUCUUCUGCCAUCAGCAUCGCUGGUGUUGUAACAGAUCUGCACAACUACUAUGAUCACAUGGAUUCCGUCAUCAGUACCACCUACCGGACAUUCAUUGUCAAGCACAUCUCGGGACCAACAUACCACACAACCAUCUCCAGCGAGAGGCCUACCAAGAGCAAGUCCAAGGUCACCAGCUCCACCAAGAGCGAGUCCAAGGUCACCAGCUCCACCAAGAGCAAGUCCAAGGCCAUCAGCUCCACCAAGAGCAAGUCCAUCAAGAGCUCUCUGCUUUCAGAAAGGACUCCCAUGACUGCCACACCAGUUGCAGCCGCAGCAGCGACCUCGUCGAAGACCACCAAGCGAUGCAGUACCAAAGUUCGCAUCGAUCCCUCCGGUUGCACCACGUUCGGCUCCGAGGUAACCUCGACGAGCUACGUUGAUUGUCGAGGAUGCGAGCUGGAGGUGAAGACCGAGAACCACCAUUGCCUCUGGCACACGACCUCCAGAUGGGAGACCGGAACCGCGAUUACAGUCAAGUGUAUGGAGACCUCCAGCCCGGUCAUGGACCUUUAAUCAUACUCACAGCUUCGAAGUUUGGUUCGGUGGUCGGCGUUUUUCUUCUCCUUCUCUUUUCUUUUGUCCCCCCUAUCGAUGACUAUGGCAUUAAGCUUGGCAACAUUAUUAUUACCCUGGCGGAGAGCACCUCCUGUAUUUGAACUUUUACCAACGCAUACUCGAGCAU